UUGCAUCUGUUUGUGUGUUGGGGUACACUGUAGGUCCCCCCCCACCUCGGAGUGCCCGCAGCCAUGAAGCUACGACUACACUUUGUGGUGGACCCCAUGGGCUGGCUGUGCAUCAGCGUGGUGUUCGGGAUCUGGCUCUACAACACCUUCUUUAUUCCCAAACUGGUUCUCCUUCCACACUACAAUGAGGGACACAUCCCCUGGGCCAUAGUUGUUGGUUACUACACAGCAUCAGCACUCUGCCUAGCAGCCCUGCUCAGAGCCUCCACAGCUGAUCCGGGCCGUCUUCCUGUGGACCCCCACAUACCUCACUCUGAGCGAGAGCACUGGGAGUUGUGUAAUAAGUGCAACUUGAUGAGACCCAAAAGGUCCCAUCACUGCAGUCGCUGUGGCCACUGUGUACGCAGGAUGGACCACCACUGCCCUUGGAUCAAUAACUGUGUGGGCGAAGACAACCACUGGCUCUUCCUGCAGCUCUGCUUCUACACUCAGGUUCUCAGUCUGUUCACCCUGGUGCUGGACUUCUGCCAGUACUACUACUUCCAGCCACUGACAGGACUAGACCAGGAGAAGUUUACAACGCGCCACGAACUGGCUCUGCUGCGGGGCUCGACCCUCAUGGGUCUGGUCAUGUUCGGGGGCAUGACCAGCAUGUUCUACAGUCAGAUGGCAGGCAUCCUCUCCGAUACCACCACCCUUGAGAAAAUGGCUCUCUUCUCCAAGGAAAUAAAUGGCUCAAAGAAAUCCUGGCAGUGGGCGCUAGCUGAAGUCUGCGGCACUCGCUGGAAACUGCUGUGGCUCAUCCCGCUCCGAGACCGCCAGGCGCUCCACGCCAGGCACCACUUCCGCACCCACGUGUAGGCCGGCAACGCCACGGUUCCUCCCGCCUGCACAGAUGUUCUAGCGGCCGCCAUGAUGACACACUGUAUGCACACUUUAGAAUCCCUCUGUCCGCCUCUACCGUCCCCGUUUGUGCUAUGGGAGCUGGGCGGCGGUCUCUACAAGGGAGUGAUGGGAAAUGUUGCUUUUUUUACUCACUGUGACUGCUGUUUUUAGCAUUUGGGAAUUUUAAAUGGCUAAUUGCAUCAGAAGGAUGGCACCUGAAAGCAGCUGGCGAACGGGACCCCUCUCAGGCUACUUUAACAAAGAGCCUUCCUACUGGCCUGUAACCAGCUACAGACAGGACCCGCGUGGCUAGUACAAAGGCAGGUUUUUACGUAUAAAGUUUGUGCCUUGUUUCUUUCACCUACGUUAACCUUUUUAAUUUUUUUGAAAGCAUGAGCUGUGUUUUUGUUUUGAUAUUUCGUGGUUCCGGUUCGGAAGUGUCUCGUGAACGGUGAAGGAAUCUGCCCCCACCUGCAUUGCUUUAAUUUGUGAUCACUUGAUGAUUCAUUCAUGUUUUAUUGCAUUCUUUUAUGACUCUAUGAAGAGAUGUUUUAUGAAGCAUGGUCAAAGAACAAAGGUCAUAACUUGAAGGCUAAUAUGUGACACUAUUAUGACAGUUAGUACUUGAACAUGCCGUGGUAAAAAAUCUCAAAUUAGAAACGAGUUUCUUCUUCAAUCUUAGGCUGGAUAUGUUCUAAUCAAACGUGCUGUAUAAUCAGCCAGCUGUUUCUCUGUG